GGAAUCCAACUGCUGCAAAACAAAAAACGCUCUUGGCAGAAAUGUUCGCAAAAAACCGCUGAUAAAAGAGUGACGGAAGUGUUCGAACGUUCAGUUGCUUUUGAAACGUUAACCACAGUGAACGUAAUUUUUUUCUUGAAACUUUAAUACGAACAAAAAAUGGAAACAUUUCUUAGAAAAGCUAUUUCGUUGAUUUGUGUUGUGUGUGUAAUCACGGGUGUCAAAGCUGAGUAUGUAUCAUGUUGGACCCCAAGUGGCUCUAUGGGCAACUGCAUACCACUAUCUGGUUGCCAAACUUUAUGGGAACUCGCCAUGAACAAUCCUAUAACACAAGAACAAAUUACAUAUCUACGGAAGAGCCUCUGCGGACCGUCCAGCGCAAAUCACUUUGUAUGCUGUCCAGUGCAGAACUCAACGCCACGUCCUCCAGUAGACCGGUUGCCAGAAAUCGCAGAGAGUUCCUGUCAUACACCAGGAAACCAAUCUGGUAAAUGUGUGCUCCUAAAACAAUGCAAUUUCUUAUGGGAUAUUACUAAAAAACAAACCUUGACAAAGCGGGAGAUUACAUAUCUGAGAGAAAGUCAUUGUGGAAAUGCUAAUGGAGAACAUAUGGUCUGUUGCCCAAACUCUGAGUUGGUGCCACAAACAACACCAUAUACAACAACAACAACUACUACUACCACUACUACUACUACUACAACACCAAAACCUACAACCAUGGGUCCGACAACGUCACAAAUCGAAACCUGUAGAACACCGGACCAAAAACUUGGCGAUUGUAUAGAGAUCGACAAAUGCCCCUCUUUGAAACCUAUCAUUCUAAAAGACUACUUAACGGAAAAUGAAGAUAAUCUUUUACGGAACAGCAAAUGUGGCGAAGAGUUCAGUCCAAAUGUAUGUUGUCCGAAGCAAAAUGACGCUCCACCAGCGCCAUACAAAGUAACAACUCGAACAUUUGUUACACCUUUACCAGAAACUUCUUGUCCCACACCAAGCGGUGAAACUGGAAAAUGUAUAUCCAUAAAAAAAUGUAAUUUCUUAUUGGAUAUUGUUAUAAAACAAAACAAGACCAAGGCGGAGAUUUUAUACCUGCAGAAAAGUCAAUGUGGAUAUGAUAAAGGAGAAUUUAUGGUAUGUUGUCCAAAUACUGAGUCGACAACACAUGCAGUACCAACACCAAUACCUACAACCAGGACCCCUAUAACAUCAACAAUCGUUACACCUUUACCAGAAACUUCUUGUUACACACCAGGCGGCGAAACUGGAAAAUGUAUAUUCAUAAAAACCUGCAAUUCCUUAAUGGAUAUUGUUAGAAAACAAAACAAAACCAAGUUGGAGAUUUUAUACCUGCAGAAAAGUCAAUGUGGAUAUGAGAAUGGGGAACAUAUGGUCUGUUGCCAAAGCACUGAGUCGACCACACAAGCAGUACCAACACCAAUGCCUACAACCAGGACCCCUAUAACAUCAACAAUCGGUACUCCACCAGGGAACAAAGGCAAUAAAUGGACCAAUGAACCAGAAUGUGGUAACGCUGUCGUACAAAACAGAAUUUAUGGAGGAAGUGCUACUUUAAUUGAUGAGCACCCCUGGGCGGCAAGGCUAAUUUACACUGACGCUGACAACAAUAUUGAGUAUUUUUGCGGUGGUACUCUAAUCCAUAAAAAUUAUGUGCUCACUGCAGCCCAUUGCGUGACAUUACCUGAAGAACAAAAGAUGUGGGUUAUCAAAGGUGUUCGUUUAGGCGAAUGGAAUACGACAACGAAUCCAGAUUGUGAAUACUUUCGCGGUGAAAAAGUUUGUGCUCCUGAAUACGUCGAGAAAAAUAUAGACGAUCACUUAGUUCAUCCGAAAUAUGAGAAACAACCAUUGAAUUACGAUAUAGCUCUAUUAAGGCUAGAAGAGAGCGUAACAUAUACAGACUAUGUAAAACCAAUUUGUCUACCCUUACCGCAGGCAGGUUCGCAAACGAUUAAUUAUGAAAAUGAGAAAGUGGAAAUCGUUGGCUGGGGCAGAACGGAAACGCGGGAGAGCAGUGAAGUUAAAUUAAAGGCAGAAUUAAAAGUUUUUGAUAUUAAUGAAUGCAACAGUAAAAGAGGAAUGAAAAACAAUCAAAUUUGCGCGAAAGGUGCAAAAGGAACAGAUAGCUGUAACGGCGACUCCGGUGGACCACUCAUGCUUAAGCAAUCACAUAGUGACAAGACAGCGUAUUAUUUGAUUGGUGUGGUCUCAUUCGGUGGUAGAUGUGGCGAUUUCGGUAUAUACACGCGUGUCGUUAAUUUUAUGGAUUGGAUAGUAGAAAAUACACAUGAUUCGUAAGGAAACAUUAGAACAAAAUUUUAAAGAUGUUCCUUCCUUACUUAGUAAGUGAUGUACACAGCUUCUAAUAAUUACGUAUAGCACGUAUUGAAUUUACUAAUAAAAAAUUUAAAUAAAUGAAA